ACACAUGAUUAAGGACAUUUAAAUCGAAAGAACAAGUAUGUUCUCUCUAAAAGAAAUUGCCCUUCAAGUACUCAUCAGAGAACCGGAAGUACUGUUUAAACUCCCAGUGAAAAAGACGAAAUCAAUUUAUCUACCUAUGAUAAUAGCCGAUGAGAUACUGCAAAGACUAGACCAUUUGGAUGUUGGAAUUGCAGCGAAAUAUUUGAAAUUCUUUUCCUCGAAUUGUUGCAUAUUGAAGAACGUAGCCAUUCACGGAAAUAGAAUAAAGAAGGCUUCCCUUUUAUCUUUUUUAAGAGGUCAUCGUCUUGAAUCGUUAAGCGUUCAUCAUUUAACAACGUUCGAUGUAAAAUUUUGGUUGACCUUUGCCGAAAAAGAACACUUAAAAGAGUUGAGUUUGAAGGGGUGCGAAAUCAAGAAGGGAAGUUCAAUAAUGGUACCAUUUCUAGAUUACGAGGCUACCCAACAGGAGGAAUGGCUAUGCAUUUUACAAUUAAAAAAUCUAGUUAAAUUGGACCUAAGUAGGACAAAAGUUGGUGAUGUAUUCGUUGAAAGUUUAAGCCGCCAUCUUUAUCAAUUAGAAGAAAUUAACAUGUCUCAAACUCAUCUAAAAAAUUUAUAUCUUUUCAAUUCUUUCAAGAGUUUACAUUCUCUUGAUUGUUCCAAUUGUGAUGUAUCAGGAGGAUUACAUAGAUUUCAUAAAAAACUCAAAAGAUUCGAUAUGUCGCACUUUCCAGCUCACACGUUGAACGAUUAUCCAGUUUACAAUUUUAUAAAAAAUGUCGAUUGGCCUCAAUUGACUUAUUUCGACGUUACGUGUUGCGGUAAUAUACCCGGAGAUAUUCUUAUACCUUUCAUUAAACGUCAUCCAAAAUUAAAAUUUCUUGGUGUUCUACAAUGCAAUUUCGAUGACGUCAUCCAAAAUCAUCAACAAGAAUUAAAUUCUAUUAAUAAUCGUAAUCUUGUAAUACUUGCCGAGAAUACGGAUUGGGUUAAAGCUCUGAAUUACGUAAGAAUAAAUAGAACCCGCGAUGAAGCAUUAGUUGAUUACAUACUAAACGAUGUUUUGGAUCAUUAUAAAUUCAGCGCCAUCUAUCAAUACGGAGAAUACUAUAAUCCUUAUUUACACGCUAUCAGAUUCAUUUGUUGCAAAUUGGAGGAUAUUUUCUAUUCAGGAUUAGUUGAAUAUCCGUGUCCAAUAGAAUUUAAAUAUAGAACUUUUGUUUCGUGCUAUAAAAUCUACAAAAAGUUCUUUAAGCGUCGAUAUUCACCCGAUAAAGUGAUCACUCUGAUGAGACUCUGUAUAGAAGGACGUUAUAUGGUUGAUAAGAAAUUACAGUUUGUUUUUGAUUUGUUUCAUUCGGCCGUUAUACCGAAAUUGAUGGAGGAUAGUUGUUUUAUUCUACUACACGUUCUAGACGAUAUAGACUUUGAUGAACUGACAGAUUUUGAAGUUUUGGAUUUUGAUUCUCAUUUUACAAAGUUUAAACAAACUUCAGAAGAAAUUAUAGUAAAUUUAAAAGAUCGAAUUACGGAGACUGCUGUGGUUAUGGUUGAAAAAUUGAAUACUCGAUGCUCCAAGUAUCUUGAAUUAAGGCCCGCUAGUAAACGACGUCUAAGAAAACGGGCGUACAGACACAUAUCCGGUGAUUAA